AUGUCAUCCACCACAUCGGCCACUUCUCUGGCGGCGGCGGCGGCGGCGGCCGCCGACGCUGUGGAAAAACCUCCACGGAGAUUUCCACCGCCUUGCUGGACCCAAGAGGAGACGCUGGCUCUGAUUGACGCCUACCGUGAACGGUGGUACUCACUCCGCAGAGGGUACCUGCGCACGGCGGACUGGGAUGCAGUGGCGGCCAUCGUCAACAGCCGCUUCUCCGACGCACCCAUUCCCAAGACCUCGGCGCAGUGCCGCCACAAGAUGGAGAAGCUCCGCCAGCGCUACCGAGCUGAGAAGCAGCGGUCUCUUUCCUAUCCGUACCCAGGCGGUUGUUUCAUCUCCUCCUGGUUCUUCUUCGACUAUAUGGACGCCAUGGAGAACGAAACAGACCCACCCUCGGCCGAAACUGGAUCGGGUGAUAAUCCCGAUAAUACUGCCCUAUUGAAAUCAUUUCUCGAUCAGAGCAUACUGAAACUGAAGCUCAAAUCGAAGAAUAGUGUCAAUUCUAGCCCCGUUUUGGAAGCGAAAAAUUCCGAACAUACUCCAUACUUGAACAUGGGAGACAAUAAAGAGGAGCAGGAUCAUACCAGUUUCGGAACUAAAUUUCGUUCUGAAAAGACUAUGGGAGGAUUUUCAAUGCCUCCUGUGAAGUUUAAAGCGAAGAAUUCCAAUAUCAGCGGUGGGUUUCAUAUGAAAUCUUCUGGAAAUGAAGAUAUGAUUCCCCCAGGAUUAAGAAUCAAGAAGUUGGACAGAAGAAUGAAUCCUGAUUUUAACAAUGGAGAUGAAGAAUAUUGGGGUGUGAGAGGUAGUAUGAAGAGGGCGAGGAAUCCAGUGGAGGAAAUGGUGGAAUCAAUUAAGUUAUUGGGAGAAGGAUUGGUGAAAAUGGAGAAAGCCAAGAUGGAAAUGGCUAGAGAAAUGGAAACAGCAAGAAUGGAAAUGGAGUUGAAGCGCAAUGAGAUGAUACUGGAAUCACAGAGACAAAUUGUGGAUGCUUUUGUCAAGGGAUUAUUCCAUCUCAAGAAGGCAAAAAUCGCCACCGUUUCAUCGGAUUCAUAG